AUGUCUUCCAUCCCUACCAUUGAAAACCGCACCGCCUUGGUGUUUGGAGCUUCCGGUAUCACUGGAUGGGCCAUUUUGCGCGAGGCCCUGCAGUAUCCCACCGCCACGGCAUUUCAUCGUGUUAUUGGCCUCACAAAUCGACAGCUUGAUCGAUCAACAUCUUUUCUUCCUGAAGAUAGCCGCCUCAUACUUGCUCAUGGCAUUGAUCUCACCAGGAGCAUUGACGAUGUGGUGGCUAAGCUGGAGAAUAUUGAAGGCAUCAAAGACGUGACUGAUGUGUAUUUUGCUGCUUCAGAUUUCGAAGGUUUUGACAUCCUCAAAGAGGUUAACGUUCGCAUACUUGAAACGGCAGUUCAGGCAAUUGAGCGAGUUAGUCCAAAAUUGCGGUUUUGGACUUUGCAAACCGGUGGCAAGGCAUACGGGUAUGUGCAUGUACCCCAGCUAGGAUUCCCCAAAGUCCCUGCCAAGGAGACAGACCCGCGCAUUCCUCAGCCAUACGAGAAUCAAGUCUUCUAUUAUGCUCAGUAUGAUGCACUCCAGAAUCUUUCUGCAGGAAAGAAGUGGCGCUUUGCAGAGAUUCGCCCAGAUUUAGUGAUUGGCUUUGUACCCGGUGGAGGUAGCGCGAUGAACUAUGUCCAGGCUCUGGGUAUUUUCCUCAGCUUUUAUGCAUACCAUGAGACAGAUUCUUUGGGAACAAGGAAGCCUGUUCCGUACCCCGGUCCUCUGGCUGUUUACAACAGCUACUACACCGAAGUUGGGCAAACGACACUGGCUAGAGCACACAUCUUUGCGUCUAACUUGAAAGGUGCAUCAAAUGGUGAGAUUUACAACGUUGGCGAUUCUCCAGUCACUAGAGGAAAUAACUGGGCUGAAAAAUGGGCGUCAAUUUGUGACAUGUUUGGCCUUGAAGGCGUUGCCCCCGAGGAAGCGCCUAGUCUUGGCGUCGCCGCAUACAUGUCGCAGCAUCGCGAUGAAUGGGAGAGCUUUGAGACUAAGUAUGGUUUGAAGCUGGGCAUUAUUGAGAAGACCAGCUGGGAAUUCAUGGAUGUACUCACAUCGCUGCCCGUAUUUGACCGGCAGUAUGACUUGACUAAGUUUGAGGCCAUGGGAUUUCCGAGAAGCUCGGAUGUGUUGAAGAACUACACAGAGGCCUUUGAUCUGAUGAGGGCAGCUAAGAUGAUCCCAUAG